AUGAGACUGAAAAGUUCCGUGACGGACAUGAGAGAGCAGUGCACCAGUGUAUCAAAACCAGAUACCAGUAGGGUAAUUAGGCUGGAAACACUCACCCAUAGAAUUAAGGUUCCACAAAGCAUAUGGAUGCGCGGAGUACUGGAAAUGGAUCGCUUUGAGGGGAUGGCUCUGGUGUCGUUCACUGUAUUGUGUGAAAGAGCAGGCACUGUUGAACCUGGGGGUUUGAAGAGAGCAUGGGAAGCAAUUAUCCAAAACUGGACUAAACGGCAAGAACUUUAUCAAGGCGCAGUUCACCAUGAUAUCAGACAGUUACUAACUAAUUACGAGUUUCACAGACAACCUCCAAGUUUAGAGAGACUGUUGUACUUGCCAUGGGACGAGCUAAAACGUGUGCUUCACUGCGUUGAACAAACAAGUGAGCUUAUGCUUCUGGAAGUUCAUAAUGUACUUGUAGAAAGUACGUCCAUAUCUAUUAGGAGGGCGAUUCAUCAAUGUGGCCACGAUUCGGAAAUAUCACCUCAUAAGAUGAAGCGCGAUACUGUCACUAGAAAUAUAUUUGGAACUGAGAAAGGUGUCAAAGAUCUACGUAAUGAAUAA